CUCCUACACUCUCUCAUUAAUUCACUGCUACUACUUCUACGACUACUACUCCAUUAAUCUCUGCUUCCACAGGUGACAUGAAGAUGGUUAUGCAGAACCUCCUCGAGAGUAUUAGGCCUCUUGUGGGUUUGCAAGGCUGGGAUUAUUGUGUUCUCUGGAAAUUGAGUGAAGACCAAAGCACAAUGAUCGAGUUGAUGCAUUGUUGUUGUGGAGGGGUAGAAAGCAGCCAAAAUGGUGGAGAAGAAGAACAUCAUUUUUCAGUUCCUCCAAUUCUUACCUGCAGAGAUACCAUAUUUCAGCACCCAAGAACACAUGCUUGUGAUCUCCUUAGCCAACUUCCAUAUUCUGUACCCAUAGAUUCUGGGAAUAUUUAUGGACAGACUUUGGUAUCAAACCAACCCAAUUGGUCACACGUAAGCUGUAGCACAGAUUCCUCUGUACUGGAAGAAAUUGUUGGGACCAGGGUUUUAGUUCCCAUGCCAGGAGGAUUGAUUGAACUAUUUGUAACUAAACAAGUACCUGAAGAUCAGAAUGUCAUUGACUUUAUCACAACCGAAUUUAACAAUAUCUCAUUUUUGGACAAUGAAAAUGAAGAUCAUCAUCAGGAGGCUACUAAUCAAUUCCAGCUACCACCAGAGCAUUGCAGUGAUCAAAUUGAUGAUGAAGAUGAUGUGAAGAAUUCAUCACGGCCAGGCCAAUCCAAAAACCUUUUUGCAGAGAGGAAGAGAAGGAAGAAGCUUAAUGACAGACUUUAUGUCCUUCGCUCUUUAGUCCCUAAUAUUUCUAAGAUGGACAAGGCUUCCAUUCUAAGGGAUGCAAUAGAGUUUGUGAAGGAUUUGCAAAAGCAAGCAAAAGAACUCCAAGAUGAGCUUAAAUCUGAAUGUGAUAAUGAUAAAGUUCCAAAUAGGUUUGAUAUUGUGGGAAAAUCAUACAAUGAAAGUGUCACAAAAGAAAACAAGGACUCUGUUACUACUAAUAAUGACAAAGCACAACAAAUGGAGCCACAAGUGGAAGUAGCUCAGAUAAAUGGAAAUGAGUUCUUUGUGAAGGUAUUCUGUGAGCACAGGCCUGGUGGGUUUAUAAGAUUAAUAGAGGCAUUGAAUUCUCUGGGCCUAGUUGUGAGUAAUGCAAAUGUGACUAGGUCUACAGGCCUUGUCUCCAACGUUUUUAAAGUAGAGAAAAGGAAUAGUGAAGUUGAAGUUGAUCAUGUGAGGGACUCCUUACUUGAGCUUACACAGAACCCACCUAGAGUAUGGCCAGAUAUGUCUAAAGCAUCUGAAAAUGGCUGCCGGUUUCAGUGAUCGAUUGCCACCGGAAAAAAGCCACUGAUAUUAUUUGGGAUAUAUUGAUGAUUAAUAAAGUUUAUUUUUUUUUUAUUUUGGAACAGAUACAAUAAUGAUUAACUGGCUGUUCAUGAUUAUUCCAAGUGAGACUUUAUUGUGGAUUUAUUGAGCCAUUUUUAAUUUCAUUU